UAACAUACUGACCAAUUUACAUACCUGAAGUUUUUAGCUUUCUUUAGAUAAAACAACCUAUAUAAUUCAGCUCAAAGAUUUAAGAGAACUUGUGUUUUCAAUGCCAAGUUAAACUUGAUGAUUCCCAUCUUUGAAAUCAAUUAGAACUGAAUAAUUGGACAAAGUGUUAUGGAUGAAACACAAACUGACAUUGAUGAAUCAGAUCUUGAAUCCCUCACAGAUAUUUUUGCGUUACCCUUUAUAGUUCAAGAGUGGGACGAGGAAGCAAACCUAUCACUAGCACAUUUGUCUUUCAUUAUUAAUAUUCUUCUUCCAAAGCGACUUAUUACUUUAGAGCGUGAUAGUAAAAUAGAAUCACAACUGAAGGAAUUUUGCGAAAGUAAAAAUCUUCAAAAUGCUGUUGCGGUUGGCAGCUCGGCAGAAGGGUUUAACAUUCCAAACUCUAUGACUAUUGAAACAGAUUCACAUAUAAAUACCAAUUGCGAUGUUGAUAUAUUGCUUCUGGAGAAGGGUUUUCAAAUUUCAAAUUCAUUGGUAUUUAGACAAGAAACAAAUGUCCAUGCAACUUUGGAAUCAUAUGAAGUUCACCCAGGCUACACAAAAAUACGUUUGUACAAAUACAAAGACAACGAGGACAUUUCAACGCUGAAAGAUAAAGUUUUCCUAAAUGGUAAGCAAUAACAGAGGAAAAUUUUUGGGCGUUUUAAUCUUCAAAGUGAUAAGGAUGACGAAAAAGUCAUACUGAUACAUGGCCCCGCUGUAUCAGUUGAGUAUUCAACAACCUUGAACGCCGAAAAUAUUUCGAAAUAUGGUCUCCGGACAUCACUCGACAUAGUACUUGCUCUUCCAGUAACAGAUUGGCCAUCAGAGGCAAGGUUAUGGAUAGAAAGAAGCAAGCAAAGCAAAUGGCUCGGUAACGAAUUCGUUGAUAACAUUGUUUCCGAUGGGUGCCAUGUUGUACCUGUUGCUCAUAAGAACAGCCAUAAUCCCGACAUUGAAUGGAGGAUUUCAUUCGCUUCAUCAGAAAAGCAAAUAGCAAGGAAUGCCAUUAUUGACGAACAGAGACAGUGCUUAUUAUUUUUCAAGCUGUUACGACAUUUAUGUCUGAAAGAUUUAGACGUGAUCUCGUCUUAUUGUUUGAAAACUGUUUUCUUCUACGCUUGUGAAAGAAUUCCAAAACCUAUGUGGGAAAUACAUACUGGACAAUGUUUGAUAUACUUAAUUGAAAGUUUGAUAAACUGUGUCAAAAGGAAAAAUAUCCCUAGUUACUUUGUACCAGAAAACAAUUUAGUUGAUCAUAUUCCCCUUGAGAAUUAGCAAGCACUGGAAAAAAGACUCGUUCAAAUUCGAAAAGAUCCCAUUUCACCCAUUUUGCAAUUUACUGAUUCAAGAGUGAUCGGGAGAGAGGUUAUUCCGUACGUUUUUCGUGAGAAUAUAUCAUAUGUUUUAGAGGACAAUGAAAAAUUUAAAAUCCAUAGGGAUAUCAAAAGAUCGGCUUCGUAUGCCUGCUUAACGACGUCAUUCCGAAUGAGCUUGCUCCUAUUGAAUAGAGGUAAGGCAAAAGAAUCGGUGGAUAUCCUAACGGAUUCCUAUCCUACAAUUAAUCGAUACAUUGGUCCUAUGCCGCUGAUCUGCUACCUUAAUAACGUAGCAAUUUUGAUUGAAGAUAGUCGCCUUCUGCUACUGCUUCUUCAAGAACUUGUAGCAAUGUCAAAUGAACAAUCCGAAUUUGAGUGUUUCAGAGAGAAUCUGGCAUGUGCUUAUCAUGCUGUAGCUUACACAUAUCAUGCACAUUCGACGGAACGGAACGAACAUUUACACAAAGCUGAAGAAUUCAUGAUAGGUGAAAUUCAUUCAAAUGGUUUGAACUCGUGUGGAGUGAUGUACAUUGUAUGGAAUUAUCCUUAUGUCACAAAAGAAAUUUCAAGAGGCAUUAAAUACUUUCGAAUCGAUUAUAAAUGAAAAAGAUGAAAUAGAACAAUAUAUCCUGGCAUUUGGAAAAAGUGAGCAAAUAUCUCUUGAUGCAGAUUUGCAAUUAGAAAUAAUAACAAAUGGAAACAUAGAAACUCGGUGGGUUUAUUUUGCCUUCUACUUUCUUGUCAAAUGCUUGGUUCAAAAAGACAAACUACCAAAACUUCGAUCAUUUUUAAUGAUUUUCAGCAAAUUUGUGAAAAGUCUCGGGACACAGUUGGUUUUAAGCUGUUAGUUUAUUGUUAAAUGCAACGUGGAGAAAUGUGUAAAGCAGAAGAAGCAUUUUUAGAGUUUUUAAAGAAAUGUCCAAAUGACCAGUUAAUACUAUCACUUAUCACCAAGUGCAACAAAAACAAGAACAUGU